AUGCUGAAGCUGCAGAUCACUUCCAAAAAAAAAGUGACAUUGGUGCUGGCGUAUGGUCUGGGUCUACUGGCACUUGCUUGCUCAAUCAUAAGGCUGCGAAAUAUCGUUCACUUUAAUGGUGAAGGUGACUUCACUUAUGUUGCAUCAAUGGUCCCAGUGUGGGGAGCGGUCGAAUGCAAUGCCGGCAUUGUUUGCGCGUCAUUUCCGUUCAUCCUACCACUUAUCAAGUGGAUGAGUGGCUCUGUGGUUGCAAGCGCAUCCGGCUCAUGCCCGAACCCCAUAUCAGGAGCAGGUCACGAGCUCCGUCGAACCGAUAAGAAGAGCUGGCAAAUGAACUCUACGCGCCUGUCAGAUUGGCAUCGAAUGCCUUCUGAAUCCACAGAAAACAUCAGAAAUGAUCACGAGUUUGUGUUCGAAUCCCCAGAAGAGACGAUGCGAUCUGACAAGGAGCAUGUCGGCAAGCUUGUUGAGCAGCGUGAGCUGCAAAAGGAUGAAGAACGGGAUCUGUACUUAGGCUGA